AUGGAAGGGUGGAAAUAUGAACUUUUUGACUGCGGUCGUAAUCCUUUUAUGUUUGUGUGGUCUAUCUGCAUGCCGUGCGGAUACCACUGCAUGCAAACAUGUGACGCUAGACACGCAGAGCCCGAGAACCGAUUUGCAGGAUUAAGAGCCUACUCCCUGGUCUUAUUUUUAGGGCCUAUUGGUGCAUCAAUAAACCGUUAUUUGCUAAGAAAGACACUAAAGAUUAAAGAUAAUCCACUUUUCGACCUUACACAUUGCUGUAUACCGUGCUGUGCUGUAACUCAAGAAUGGAUGCAAGUAAUGGAAACUAUGAAAGGUAAUGGAGAGUUAAAGAUAACACAGCUUAAGAAAAUAAGGUAUUAG